AUGGGCUACCGCGACGUCCUCGCGAGCGCGCCGCUCCUGUCGCUCAUCACUGCCUACCAAGCGGGCGUCAACCUAGACGUCUGCGUCCUCACGCGCCUUGGCCACAACCCGGCGAACGGCGACCUCGGGCCUGUACACGCAGUCAUGGCACCGUGGCUCGAUCGCGUCGGCUUGCGCUUCAUCCAUGAGCUGUGCCCGUCGCUCGUCUUUAGCUACGCGCUCGAGUAUGGCCGGGUCGAUCUCUUGCGCGAGCUCAUGGCGACGAAGAUGAUGUUCUUCACGGUCGAUUCCUGGCAUCUUGUUUUCGGAAAAUGGACGCGCUGCAUUGGCCAGCACCGGCAUUUGCAGCGGUCGUACGCCGAUGCAUGGGACGUGUGCUACGAGUAUGACCGCAUUCGCGGUCCGAUAAGCUUGGACCACCGCAAAUUGUGCGUGGUCGGUCACUUGUGGCACCUUGCCGUCGCUGCCUGUCUCGGUGGCCACGUCGACUUGCUUCGACGAGCCUUGAAGCACGACGUCAUUCCAUAUCCGUCGACGUUGCUAGCGAUUGCCCUGCGCGCCGGCCGAGCCUGCAUUGCACAGGAGUUUUUGGCCCGGAGUGUGAUCUUCGUCUUCACGGCCGACGAUGUCCGGCAUGCCGUCACGAGCGGCAGCGUCGACCUCGUGGUUUUUCUCUUGGAAAACAGCGCUGGGAGCAUGGUGGCAGAGGCAUUCCGAGAAGGGGUCAUCCAGAACCAACUUGUGCUUCUUCAGCGGCUCUGCACCACGUGCCACGACCAAACGUAUUGGCUCAUGGCCCUCCAGAUCGCUGCUGCCAACCUCCGAGAUGACGUGAUCGCGCACUUUGCAGCGGCACCCGAGUUUCAUCUGACGCCAGCCGAAGCUGCGCGGGUGCAACGACGUCGCAAGCGCAUCGCCAAAGAUUUGCCCGUUCGGGAUACACGGUUGCGGAAGUAG